UCGGAACUUAAAUGUGUGACAUCCAGCGGAAGUAAACAAUACAAGCGCUAGCGUUAGCUGCAUGUUUUGAAUUCGCUGGAAGGUGUUAUUGUAUUCGCAUCGCCGCUAAUUAUUUCAUUUGUAACUAAGCAACAAUGUCUUCAGUUGAGUGUUUGAGAGAGUUCAUCAUCGAGCGACUAACUGCUGCUGCCGAAGAAAUAUUCGGAGUUUUUAGAAAAACUAUCGUCGAGUACGAGGAAGAGAUCUGCCGUCAGCGCAGACUGCUGGAUAUCGUUUGGAAACCCGAAAUAAAGUUACACAGGAUAGAGCUCCCACAGCAACAUGUCUGUAAGGAGGAGGAGGUUCUCGCUGACCAGCAGCUCUGUAUUCAGGAGAGGAACUCCAGUCUGGACCAAGAGGACCCAGAGCCUCCACAGAUUAAAGAGGAACAGGAGGAACUCUGUAGCAGGCAGGAGGGAGAGCAGCUUGUACUGAAGCAGGAGACUGAUACCUUUAUGUUGACUCCUGCUUACGAGGAAAGUGACCGCAGUGAACCAGAACCGGUGCAAGUGACCACCAGCUCGUCUCUCACGACUGUCAUGUAGCUGAGAGCCAAGAUCAGAAAGGAGGCAAGCAUGAAGACUCAGGAUCAACUAGAGAUGCAGAGCCAAAACAAAAGAAUCCAGAUCGCAAACGCAGAAGCCACAGUAACAAUGUACACAAGUCUACCAUGUCAGAGAUUCACCGUAAUCCUCACGCAGGUAAAAAGUCUUUAAAAUGUGACGCAUGUGGAAAAGAUUUUAAGUACAAGUCAAAACUGCAGGCACACAUGAGAACCCACACAGCUGAGAAGCCAUAUUCUUGCAGCAGCUGUGGAAAAAGAUUCAGUCAGACAUCAGAUUUGACCGCUCAUAUAAGAAUCCACACGGAUGAGAAGCCAUAUUCUUGCAAAACAUGUGGGAAAGAUUUAAAAAGUAGCAGUAACUUGAAAGUCCACAUGAGAACCCACACAGGUGAGAAGCCGUACCUUUGCAAGACCUGCGGGAAAAGAUUCAGUGAAAUGUCAAAAUUGAGAAGUCACAUAAGAAUCCACACAGGUGAGAAGCCAUAUUGUUGCAAAACAUGUGGGAAAGAUUUUAGAGUUAGUAGUCACUUAAAAGUCCACGUGAGAAGAACCCACACAGGUGAGAAGCCGCACCUUUGCAAGACCUGCGGGAAAAGAUUCUUUGACAUUUCAGCAUUGAAAACACACAUGACAAUCCACACAGGUGAGAAACCAUAUACUUGUGAAACAUGUGGGAAAGAAUUCAGAGUUAGCGGUCACUUGAAAGUCCACAUGAGAAGAGAACACACAGGUGAGAAGCCGUACCUUUGUAAGACCUGUGGGAAAAGAUUCCGUGACAUGUCAGCGUGGAAAACACAUAUAAGAAUCCACACAGGUGAGAAACCAUACACUUGCGAAACAUGUGGGAAAGAUUUCAGAUUUAGCUGUCAGUUAAAAGUCCACAUGAGAAGAGAACACACAAGUGAGAAGCCGCACUUUUGCAAGACCUGCAGGAAAAGAUUCUGCGACAGUUCAGCAUUGAAAAUACACAUGACAAUCCACACAGGUGAGAAGCCAUAUACUUGUAAAACAUGCAGGAGAUCUUUUAGACAGAGUGGUCACUUGAUAGUCCACAUGAGAAGAGCCCACACUGGUGAGAAGCCGUACAUUUGCAAGACCUGCGGGAAAAGAUUCUGUGACACUUCAGCAUUGAAAACACACAUGACAAUCCACACAGGUGAGAAGCCAUAUACUUGUAAAACAUGCAAGAGAUCUUUUAGACAGAGUGGUGGCUUGAACGUGCACAUUAAAAGAGCCCACGCUGGUAAAAAGCCGUAGAUUUGCAUUAUCUGCGGGAAAAGAUACGUUGAUGGGUCUAAUUUGGCACAGCACAGCAGAUCAUAUGAAGGCAGUGAUGUUGCUAGGUAUGCGUCCUUCGUCUAUGAUGUUAAAAUCCAAAAGGACGCAGUAAACUCACUGUUGAUGAGUCCAGGGAACACGCAACAUUGUUCCCUGAUAAUGCUACAUUGUGAACAACAAAUCCGUGUUGUAAUCAUUGAAAUAAACAAAAGAAACCUUGCUGUCAAAAAACCUGUUUCUUACCAUCUGCGCAUAUACUGUCUCUCCAGCACAAACCGGUUAGUUACUUUGGUAACAGCCGAAAAAACUCAAAUACUGUCUCACACUCACACGUGAUAGAUGGUGAUUUAACAGUGUUAUGAGUCUGUGUUUAAUUCGGCAUGUAUCUGAUCCACCAACCAGCAUGUGUUUUAGUGAGAAAUCUUAAUUUUUGAACAUUUGCCUCAUAUUCCCACAGUCUUCUCCCACUAAAGUAGCGCAGCAGUAUUCCUCUCAGCCAUCUGACUGGAGGUGCUUCAGGAUGGCUGCUGCUGAGUGAGUCAUCGUGUUUAGGCUUGUCUUUUUAAAAUAAACAAUUUGCAAUGCUGAGCAAAAUAUAAGAAUUAAGCUUAGAAAAAAGAAAGUCCUCAUGAUCAUGCCGAACUAAAGGAGAAAGAGUCAUUAUCUUGUUUUUUUUUCAUAAAACAAGAUAAUGGCACCGACACAUUGACUCUAAAAUUGGCCAUGUGCAAAGUCAACUAAUGAACAUUUAAAUCUCCAUGACAACAUUGGAAGAACAAAUCGAGGAGAUUCAACAAAGGGUCAGCGCUAAGUGCCACAGCCACCAUUGCAACACUUGAGAAAGAAGUUGCCAUGUUGAAAUGUAAAAACUAAGAAAGAGAAGAUGAAAUGAGAAGGGCAAACUUAUGCCUGGUGAGGCUUCCCGAGGGCGUCGAGAAGCGGGACCUGGUUGCUUUUGUUGCCUGGAGCAACAUGUGGCUGCACCGCUUCCCAGAGAAUUGUCUUCAUUCGUCUUCAAAGCAUAAGAGCCAAGGAAGGAAUCCUCUGCUUGGCACGUGAGAAAAAAGCUCUUUACUACAACACCACAAAAGCCCCCCCCCCCAUUACAGCCCUGACGUACUGAGCAAAAGAAAGGAAUAUGACCGUGUGAAACAGAAACUGAGGGGAAAAGGAAUAACAUACUCCAUACUACAUCCUGCCAGACUUCGAGUUCAAUAUAAAGGCACCACAACAAUAUUUAAUACUCUAACUGCAGCUGAGAACUUUGUUCGAGAGUUGGAGUUGCCUGGCGGGUAGGAUAUUGAAAACCUGAUGAACGCAUGCCUGAUGUACCGGUCCAGCCCCAACUGAACUUGGUCUGUUUUUGUCUUUAGACAGUUCAAGAACAGCAGAUAAAAUUAAAACAGUGUAAGAUAGCACAUUUACAAGUGCUGCAGUGACUGUAUACUGAAUGAACUGCUUAUUGAUGAAGUGUGAUUAUGAUGAAUUGUAUCUCAUACAUCCUUUGUUCCUAGAAAUAAGCUUUGCUUUUGAUGAUGAUAUACUGGGCUCUCAAAAUAUCAAUGACCACAGAGAGUUAGGUGUGUGUGUGAGAGACAGUGAAAGGGAGUGUUUAGUUCAGGGUUUCUUUUCCUUUUUUCCUCUUUCUUUCUGUUGCGGAUCUGUUUAGAUUAAAAUAAAAUAUUACUGCUCAAUUAA